AAGUCAAGUGACAUCGGCAAAUUCUGGUUUCCACUAGUUACCACAGCCACAAAGUUGUUUUAAAAAACAUUUGGGUUAGGGUUUAAUAUAAGGUUAGGGUUAGGCAUACGGUUAGCAGUGUGGUUAAGGUUAGGUUUAAAAUCUGAUUUUUAGAAGAUCAAUUGUAGAAAUAGGCGGGGUUGGUUUAUGACUUUGUGGCAGUGGUAACUAGUGACGACCGCAAAUUCUCAAGCAGCAAGGUGGGAAAAGGUUGCUUGGUCGACACGAAGCUACAUAUGAACGAGACAAUAGAUCUGUAAAAAAUAAAAUAAUGACGGAAAGACAAUAUGAGUGAACAGCUGCAACCCGAAGACUAGAGGCACUGUCCCCCUAAAAUGAACUGUUGACUGAAAUCAGUUGGACCACAUAUUGGUUGCCAUGGGCACCACACUGAGUGAGCCUUGCAUCUACGACAAGCUGUCUGAGAGCAUCGAUAUUCUCCGCCAGUCGGGGUAUCGCUAUGGCAUGUCAGAGAGGGAGAUCGAGAAGUUUAUCAAACAAGUCUUGGAGACCAACGAGCCUCGAAGAGACCCACCACAAUUCCCCAUCCUUCGAGCCACCAUCAAGUUUGUUGUAGCAGUAGGCUUUCUGUUGGUGGUGGUGCUGGCCUUCACCUACCCCCAAACUCGGCCCCAGCUAGGUGUGACGUACACAGGGGGACAUAACUGGUCCUCCCCCCUCAGCCACAUCAGACUGCUGACUCUGCCCAUUGCCAAGAAAUACAACCUGCAAGGUUUCCAUGAGUGGUGGAGUGCAGGGGCUCUGCGACAGGGCCUGGUCAACUGUUCUGGCUGUGCUGAGGUAUCCUCUGUGCUGGAGGUCCCUGAGACCCUCAGAGAGUCUGCAGUCAUGCGCAGAGGACCACAGCCUGUGCUGGUCAAGGGUGGGGAGUCUCUGUGUCUGCAGAGGCAGCAGCUAGAGGAGCUCUAUUCAGCCCACUCCAGCUCCAUGAGUAUACUACUGGAGGAAGACAACCUACUGUCACAUGAUGAGGGUUUUCCACAGGGCCCUGCAAACUUUACCCUGCUCUGGAGGUUUGCAUCUGGGGCCAGAGAGAAGGUGUUGAGGUGGCUGUUCCCCAAAGCUGAGCUAUGCCCCCUACUGGACAGCGCUGGAACAACACUGCAGCGUUGCCUGGUCACGCAUAGUGCCAACUCUCAGAGCAGAGGGGUGCGAGUGCUGGGCUGGCUGGUGGUAGGAGAGGGGCUACCCACGGUUCGAGUGGUCCCUGUCCACCGCUGUCAAAAACACUGUAGCUCCUUCAACCUCUGGCUGGGACCAGGAGAUAUGGUGUAUGCUGACCCGCGCUACUGGCAGAUGGAGCUGUUCCCCGGCCGAGACCAGAACAUUGUUUGUGACGGCUCAGCUUUCUGAGGGAGGAGAGAAACAACUGAACGAGACAGAAUUGGAGGAAGAGGGAGAGAGUAAAGGGGAGGAGGAUGGAGGGUUUGGACUUGCCAUCCAGAACUCUUAAACCCUCACCCCAGUCCAGACUUCAUCCUACUUGCUGAGAAUAUAUCCCUUCCUGUGAUUGGACCUUUUAACUGUCCAUUGCAGGCUAGUCUCGCCCUCCUCUAGGUCUGGUAAAGUACACUUUCCACAGGCACAAAAGAGACUGAAGAGAUUCCCCUAAUACUACAAGCAUCCCUAGCCCCUACCGUUCUCUUGCCUAAUACCAAACCAAUCCCUAACCCUUACCCCUCUCUGGCCUGAUACCAAACUCAUCUCUAGCCCCUACCUGUGCCUCUUCGUUGAUAUCCCGUCACAGAUCUGCGACAACUGGAUGGUUAUAAGCAGGGAGGGACCACUCUCAGGCUGGGAGGUGUGUGUCGGUGAGGAAAAGGCUGGAACGUUCUCCCACUCUUGACUGUUCGCCUCACAGAUCAAGAGGUGUGUAUCAAGCCCAAAGAGGAGAAAUGGAGAGAGUGACUGAUCAAAUUUUUUUGGAACAUCAGAAGGCCUUUGCCUCUAUGCUGUGUUCAGUUGGAAUGUUCAAGAUGUUUUCGGUUAUGUAUUUUAGUUGUGAUCAAAUCACACUGGUACAAUGGGACAGUUUUGUGAUGCUGCCCUCCCUCAUCUACUCACUCUUAAACUGGCCUGUAUUCAUCAUCUAAGUUCAAAAUGUCGCUGCUAGUGUAACAAUGACAGUUGGUUAGGAGGAUGUAUAAAAUUGAUUUAUACAUUUAAGGUGAAUUGCUUUUGAUAACUGAAAGUGCAGAUAUUGUAUUUUAAUAUAUAGUUGACGGUAAGUGCUUGUGCCAUAAUUUUAACAGGAGUUAAAUGCUGUUUGUUAAUGUUCUUUUCACUGACUGUUUUGUCUAUGCUUUUUUCCCUGUCGUCCAGUCGCCCGUGUAAGCACUUUAACUAUCCAGAACUUGUUGACGAUGUCACAGUGUUUGAUGUUGUGUCACACUGUCGAUGUUCUGAGAUUUUAUCCAGUUCUAUUGCUCAACAUAGUCAUGUCAACAUAAUAUUUAUGCAGUUUUAAUCUCUCAGAAUUCACAAUUUUACACAUCUUCAGGUUAUGACCUUGUUGUUAAGCUAUACAUUGUCACCAUUUAAGUUAAUCUGUUUUUAGACUUCCCUGUCACUUUGGUUUUCUGAAUGCAUCAAUAACAACGUGAUUAUGUACUGGUAACUGCCAAAAUAAAGGAAACACUUGAGUAAAUGAGGGAUACAAAGUAUA